AUGCUGUUUGAUUAUGCUUUUUGCAGUGCAACACGACGCUUGUUUGCUCGUUUGAUGAAAAAAACGCUGAUGGAACCCAGAGGUAUUGUUACAAUGACUAAUGUGAACGAUGUUUCCUUCAUCAGUCAGUAUGAUGCGGUUGCACUGGACCGUGAACUAUUCAACUUUUAUGCAUUCAGUGUGGAUCAGUUAAUGGAGCUUGCAGGUCUAAGUUGCGCUCAUGCAAUAGCACGCAGUUGUGAUAAAGGGAAAAUUCUCAUCAUCUGUGGCCCAGGAAAUAAUGGUGGUGAUGGUUUCGUAUGUGCACGUCACCUAACGCUUCUCGGCUUCGAACCAUUCAUUUUCUAUCCAAAACAGUCAAAAUCAGAACUGAUGGAACGCCUUGUGAUGCAGACAAAAAAAUUGGGUAUAUCACAUAUCGAUGAAAAUAUUUUCAAAAAUCCGUCUGAAAUGAAAAAUAAAUUCACGUUGGUUGUGGAUGCUUUAUUUGGAUUUAGUUUCAAACCACCGUUAAGAGAACCAUUUGAUGAAAUAAUCGAGGCAGUCAAUAAAAGCUCCUUACCAGUGGUGUCAAUCGAUAUACCUUCAGGAUGGGAUGUCGAAAAGGGGCCGCUUGAGGGAGAACCGGCGUUCAACCCUGAUGUUUUAAUAUCAUUAACUGUGCCGAAACUUUGUGCAAAACAUUUUCACGGUCGAGCGCACUAUGUAGGCGGUCGGUUUGUGCCGAAAGCUCUCGCUGUAAAAUAUCACCUAGAUCUUCCCGAAUAUCCUGGCACAGAUUGUGUUGUGAAACUUUUCUAA